AUGUUCGUAUCUAUCUAUCUAUCUAUCUAUCUAUCUAUCUAUCUAUCUAUCUAUUCUAUGUUAUGGCAUUAUGGCCUUGCUUGGGGUGAAUUUAUUAAAAUAAUCUAUUCAUCUAUCUUCUUCUGUUCAUAUCUAUCUAUCUAUCUUGGCCCUUUUCCUAUCUAUCUAUCUAUCUAUCUAUCUAUCUAUCUAUCUAUCUAUCUAUCUCAGUCUGUUCGUAUCUAUCUAUCCCAGUCUGUUCGUAUCUAUCUAUCUAUCUAUCUAUCUAUCUAUCUAUCUAUCUAUCUAUCUUGGUCCUUUUCCUAUCUAUCUAUCUAUCUAUCUAUCUAUCUAUCUAUCUAUCUAUCUAUCUAUCUAUCUCAGUCUGUUCGUAUCUAUCUAUCCCAGUCUGUUCGUAUCUAUCUAUCUAUCUAUCUCAUCUCUAUUAUCUAUCUAUCUAUCUAUCUCAGUCUGUUCUAUCUAUCUAUCCCAGUCUGUUCUAUCUAUCUUGGUCCUUUCUAUCUAUCUUGGUCCUUUUCCUAUCUAUCUAUCUAUCUAUCUAUCUAUCUAUCUAUCUAUCUAUCUCAGUCUAUUCGUAUCUAUCUAUCUCAGUCUGUUCAUAUCUAUCUAUCUAUCUAUCUAUCUAUCUAUCUAUCUAUCUAUCUAUCUUCCUCCACUAUUGAAAUAAUCUAUCCAUUUAUCUCAUUCCGUUCAUAUCUAUCUAUCUAUCUAUCUAUCUAUCUAUCUAUCUAUCUUGUUAAUCUAUUUGGCUUCCCAAUUUACCUGAAAUUGUUAUUCCGGGCCUUGUUCACACCUAAACUCCAGUCCGAUGACGUCAAGGUGGUCAGAUGA